AUGAAUAUAUUAAGCACUCAUUCUUCUCUGUGUGUCAUUUACUUGGACGAUACAAUACUGUGUGAGUUUUUCUAUCUAUCUAUAUCUCUGUUUUUGUUGCUCUGUCACUUUCUCUAUUUAUCUCUCCCUUUCUCUUUUAGCUUCACUCCCUUUCUAUCAAACCUGAUAUCUUUUACUUCUGUUAAGCUUAGCACAUUCGCUCUACAACGAGCUACUUCUCUCUGUCUUUCUCUUUCUCUCUCUCUCUUUGUUUCCCAAUUAUUUUUCUUGUUCUUGUUCUUACUCUUUCAGUACGUAUCUAUCGUUUACUUUCAUAUUUCUCUCUUCGCACUCUGUUUUCUUUAUAUCUAUCUAUCUAUCUACCCUUGUUCACACUCUAUCUAUCUAUCUAUCUAUCUAUCUAUCUAUCUAUAUCUACCCUUGUUCACACUCUAUCUAUCUAUCCUUGUUCACUAUCUAUCUAUCUAUCUAUCUAUCUAUCUAUCUAUCUAUCUGUUGUGUUUCAACGCUAUCUAUCCUUGUUCACUAUCUAUCUAUCCUUGUUCACUAUCUAUCUAUCUAUCUAUCUAUCUAUCUAUCUAUCUAUCUAUCUACCCUUGUUCACUAUCUAUCUACCCAUUUAUCUAUCUAUCUACCCUUGUUCACUAUCUAUCUAUCUAUCUAUCUAUCUAUCUAUCUAUCUAUCUCUCCUGGUCUUUUCUUGCUUUAAUCUCCUUCCCUUCUUUUUCUUUUCAUGUCCUUUCUAUCACUAUCUCUGUCUCCUCCCUCUCACCCAUUACUCACUACCCUAAUUAUUUUCCUUUUUCUUUUUCGUACUCUUUCAAUGCGUAUCUAUCAUUCAGUUUCCUUUGCAUGAGAAAUCCUAUACGCACCUCUCCCCUCCCCCCAUAUCUCUGUCUGUCUGUCUCUCUCUCCCUCUCCCUCUUAGUCGUAAACAAUAUCUUUACUCUCUCUCUAUUCUCUCUCUCUCUCUCUCUCUCUCUCUCUCUCUCUCUCGUACCCAUUUACUGUCUUUUUUUUUUUUUCUGUUUACAUUCUCUUUUUUCACCAAUUGUUCCCGUGUCUGUUCACCAUCUUUUUUUCCUUGCUUCUCAUUCCAUUGGUACUUUAGAUUGA